AUGGAAGAGGAUACAAUCUCCUCAAAGCCACCAGAACAUAGUACAAACGAAUUUGGCAUAACUUCGGGUACCUCUGCAUUCUCCGUCUCACCAUCUUCAUCUCCCCAAUCUACGCAAAUUCUACAACGCUCAGUUGGAGAUACAAAUGCUUCUACCUUUUCCGUAUCGCCAUCACCUCUUUCGUCGCCAUUGCAUUCAACUAUACGUCCAUUAGUCAAUACGACGACUACAUUGCCACCAAUUGAACCAUCUUCUGACUCAGAAUCACCGUUAAAAUCGGCUUUACGCAACUUCACAAGCUCUUCAAAGCCUCAGCUCUCUCGUAGAGUCUCAAUUGAGGAAUCAAAUGAUUUUCAAUAUCAAGACCGAACUAGUACAAUGAAUCAAUCAACAACUUCUGAGUCUUCCGAUCCAGGAUUAAUUGACUCUGGCGUCAGCACAAGAUUUAGCACAAGAUUUCGACGGAAGCCAACGAAAAGCAAAACUUCCCACCGUCAAUCUUUCUAUAUGCGGGACUCAGUUAUAUCGAAAAUGUCGUCUAAUGUGGGUAAUUUACGCGAUAGUUUUCUAGGGGUUAUUGGUCGCAGCACUACAGUGCAUGAUCCGUUGGAAUUGUCCCCAAAUCAGGAGUUUGACUUGGCUGUGAUUGAUGAAAUUGGUGAGUUAGACGAUGAUAUUGGACAUAUAUUUAAACCGCACGUGGAAUGUAGUAAGUGGUCUCGAGAUGGCUACAUUGUAUUUUCUUUUGGACUUGGAUUACUAUUGAUAAUGAUCAUCUUGGCGAUGUCAAUAAAUACACUAGAAGGCUAUAUUAUUGAUCCUGGACUUGUAUUUGGAUCUUUAUUGACGCUCAUUCUCUGUGUCUGUGUCUUUGUGACGUACCAUGGAGUCCAAAGUUAUCAAAAACAUCCAAAUCCGUUGAUUUACUACAAGUGCGUGAUCGAUAUUUGCUUGGCAUUGCGAUUCUUAAUGGAUCCUUUACUACUCGACCUCGGUGCUUACAAAGCCUAUGACGAAGCUUCGUGUACGUAUCUUUCGGGCUUGACCCAGUUCUUGUAUCUUUCGAGUGAUUGCUGGUAUUUUGCAGUCAUUGUUGAUCUCUAUUGGUCUCUCACAAAUCCAUUUAUGAGUGUCAAAGCUAAUCGAAGACGCUUUAAAAUUAUUGUUUACACAGCUGGUGUAUCGACAGGUCUAUUUGCUGCCUUAGUUCCAGGUGUUCAUGGUUUAGCUGAUGGAAAUUAUUGUUGGACAAAGCGAAAAACAACGAGUGAUCCAAUCGAACGCGACUUCUUCCGUCUUAAUCGAGGCAGUUGGAUCCUUUUUUAUAUGUGGAUGAUUCUGUUUUAUCUUUCUGGAAUUGCUGUGUUAAUUUUUGGUAUUAAACGACUUCGAUCGGGAUUACGAGAUACGCUUCAAAGUCGUCGAGAAAUGCUACGAAAUGGAUCAUUAUCAAUCAUGAGUUAUACAAUUUAUUGGACAAUUGUCUUCUUAUGGUAUGCUCUGUCUUUCCAUACACGUACGACAUAUGACAAAGAUGGAAAUCUUCCACCAAGUCUUGUAUUUCGAGCAUUCACAUUUACUCUCUCGGCACGUGGUGUAGUUGACUAUUUGGUCUGGUUUACAAUUAAUACUCCAAGUGUCAUCUAUCCAAAUUGGCUUAAAUUCUCAUCUGAUUCAGCAGAUAAACAAUUUAGUGCACAACUUAAUACUGCAUUACAAGAAGAACUCAUUUACUUUACUAUUGAAGGCAUGACACGUGCUAUUCAAAGUGCAGAAGAAGAUCUAUUACGACUUCAAGGUCAAAAAUUAACACAAGAACUCUUGCAUACAAGUGAGAAUGAAAGUGAUAGUACAUCAUCAUCAUUUGGAGAAGCUGCAACGCGAGCUACAGGAGCUGCUGGAUGUGAUAUUACUAAUAAGGUGGUACAAAAUAUUCAACGUAAUCGGAUCCUUACUACAAUUACUGAAGCUAUUAAAGCGAGCCGACAUCGUCACAGCAGUACUGAGACCGAAUCUCGAAGUCUUCGAACUCGAAAUAGUCCCGAAUCUAAUGUAAGUUUUGAUAUUCCUCAAGAGCAACGAUCAAGACAUCAACAAACAAUGGAUCGACGCCAUAAUCCGUCAUCUGCGUCAACUGUUGCAACUUCAAAUGGUCAUCCAGCGCCAAUUCUUGCAUCAAAAAAUACAGGGACCACUGCAUCAAUUCGAUUUACACCGUAUAAACCAGAAGCUUUUGCAAAGUUACGCCAAGCAUUUGAGAUCAAAGCCUCCGAUUUUAUUAAAUCGUUUCAAACAAGUACAAAACCAAACAUUAGUGAAGGUGCAAGUGGUGCUUUUAUGUUUUUUAGUGGGGACAAAAAGUAUAUUGUCAAGUCCAUGGCUGAGGAAGAAGCUCGUUUUUUGUGUGAAAUUGCUGACAAGUAUACCGAUUACUUCAUUUUGAAUCGAAGGUCGUUGAUUACCAAGUUUUACGGUUGUUUUAAGAUUACAAUGUACGAUCGACGAUUCUAUUUUAUUGUAAUGGAAAAUCUCUUUGAUGUCAUGGCAGAAGGUGUUCAGAUUCACCAUCGAUUUGAUAUUAAAGGAUCAUGGGUCAAUCGUAGUUAUAGACGUCCACGUCGUGGAGCAAAAGUCAAGUGUCGACACUGCUCUAUGAUGUUUCGAUAUGGGGCACAGAAAAAAUUGUUACAUUGUCCAAAUGUUGUGGGACUGCAUGAACCAAAUGUUGUAUUAAAAGACAAUGAUUUACGAACAAGAAUGCGCAUUGGUACGGAUGAAGGUGUACGAUUGUUUGAACAAUUGCGUAAUGAUUCCUUGUUUCUUCGUGAUCUUGGAAUUAUGGAUUAUAGUUUGCUCUUAGGUGUCAUGGAUAUCGAAUUUAUUGUGGAUCAAACGACAAAAUCGUUGGAAAAUUCCAUGAUUAGUGAACGCACAGCUGUAAAUACAGCAACAAAUCGAGCUAGUCAACCACUUACGGAAUUUUCGAGCAAUGACAGUUUUGUUUCUGGAAUCUCGUCAUCGACUGACUGUUCUUCAUUAAUGGAUCAGGAUAUACGAGAGGAAGGGGUCCCAAAUUCUAAAAGGUCUCAUCUUUCACUUGAUAUUGCACCAAGUGUCCAUUCACUUUUUCAUCAACCAGACGAUCCACUAAACAUGUCACGAUAUCCAUUUACUGGUAGUGAACCACGAUCGAAAAGCUCAAUGCGUAAAAGUACACGAGUGUUUGGUCCUGGAUAUUAUUAUGUCGGUAUUAUUGAUAUUCUUCAAACUUGGACAUUGCAAAAACGUUUUGAGCGAUUCUGGAAAGUAGAUAUUCAACAGAAAGAUGGCGAUGGAUUGUCUGCAAUUGAUCCUGUACGAUAUCAACGACGAUUUGAGUCGAAAUUACGUGAAAUCAUAUCAAUUCCAAAGGAAUACUUCCAUCGUCAACGCAACCAACAAGCAGUAAGUACAAUGUUUCAAUCUGUACAACGUCUCAGUCCAGUAUUGCAAGCUGCAACUGCAUUCGAAGAUGCAGGAGUUGCUGUGGAAGUUCGACGUGAAUUGGCUCGUACUCGAAAUGAUUCGACUGAUACAACUACGUCCGGUAAUGCAGCAGAUGAUGGAGAUCUGGAACAAGCAGGUCGAAAUCCUUUACCAAUUUUAUUGCCAUUCAAUCAACGACUUAUUUCAAGAGGUUCAACACGCAGUCAAUUGAGCUUGACUGAUUUUGUUGUUUGA